AUGGCGGGCGCGGGCGAUGCCGGGGACGGCGGGGACGCGCUGAGCGGCGCCAGCGAGCGGCGGUGCCGGGCGCGGCUGGCGGCGGCGGCGGCGGGGGGCGCGGCGGCGGCGGCGGCGGUGCUGGUGCCGCUGUGCUCGGUGCGCGGCCGCCCCGCGCUGCUCUUCACGCUCCGCUCCCGCCGCCUCGCCGGCCCCCACAGCGGCGACGUCAGCUUCCCCGGCGGGCGGCGGGACCCGGCGGACGGGGACGCGGUGGCCACGGCUCUGCGCGAGACGCGGGAGGAGCUGGGGGUGGCGGUGGCACCCGCCGGAGUCUGGGGACAGCUCCGGACGCUGCCCGACCGGCAUGGAAUGACCGUGGCGCCCGUCGUGGCCAACCUGGGGCCGCUGGAGGCCUUGACGCUGAACCCCAACCCUGAGGAGGUGGAGGAGGUGUUCACCCUGCCCCUGGCUCACCUGCUCCGUGAGGAGAACCAGGGCUACACCCACUUCCGCACGGCCAGCGGCUACGGAUACACCCUGCCCGUGUUCCUCAACGGCCCCCACAAGGUGUGGGGGCUCACGGCCAUCAUCACCGAGCUGACCCUGGAGCUGCUGCUGCCCGGCCGCUACCGCAGGAAGACCCACGUGCCUCCCCAGAAAGCCUCGGCCUGAGCGGGCAGGGGGCGGCGGCGGGGUCCCCGUGCCUCAGUUCUCCACCCGUGCCUUGGUUCUCCACCCGUGCACAGGCGGAGCGAGCACGGCUCCGAGCCCAGCGGUGCUGCCGCACACUGUGAUUCAGUAAAAGCCAUGUUUGGAACUGC